CCCUGAUUGGUCCAAAUCGCCGACAAUAGCUCCCCCCAGGCCGCGGGGCAGCUCAAGAGAGAGCUCCAAAGUCGCCGGCAUUCCACAGAAGACCUAGAAUUUUUGGUGAUAUAAGACUAGCUGGGCGCCGCAAUUCCCCUUGUUCCUUUGUAUUCUACUCAAUUUCCAAAUUAUACCCCUGGCGGAUUCAAUUGCCUUGUGACUCGAGCUUGGUUGAGCUGUGAUCAAAGCGAUAGAGCUCUUAUCUACCUUAUCACCGUCUCCCCACAUCUUGCUGCCAGGAGUAUUUCUUCUCCCCCAACCCACGCAGCGGGAGAAUUGCCACACCUCUGUACAUCCUCAUUUCUCACUAUAAAUCGAUCAUAAUGGCCUCCAUUGCUCGCUCCAGCCUCAGGUUGCGCUCGGUGACGCGCGUGCCGACUGCCCGCGCUAUCAGCACCACUCCGCACCUUCGCGCGGCGGCGAAGCCCUUCUUCGCUGAUGAGCCCGCUGCUCCUCAGUUGGCCACCGCCAUCCCGGGUCCUAAGAACAAGGCUGCCACGGCUGAACUGGACAAGGUCUUUGACGUGCGAAGCUUGAACAUGCUCACUGACUAUUCCAAGUCUAUUGGUAACUAUAUUGCUGAUCUGGAUGGAAAUGUCCUCCUGGAUGUAUACGCUCAGAUUGCUUCUAUCCCUGUUGGCUACAACAACCCCCAUCUCACCAAAGUUGCUCAAUCGCCCGAGAUGAUUACCUCUUUGAUCAACCGACCAGCCCUGGGCAACUUCCCCUCGGCUGACUGGGCUGACAUCCUGAACACCGGUAUCCUCAAGGUUGCCCCCAAGGGCCUGAACCAGGUCUUCACCGCCAUGGCGGGAUCUGACGCCAAUGAGACUGCCUACAAAGCCGCUUUCAUGUACUACCGCCAGUUGCAGCGUGGAGGCCCCGAGAAAGAGUUCACUGAGGAGGAGUUGAAGACUACCAUGACGAACCAGGCUCCAGGCUCUCCCCAGCUGUCGAUCAUGUCCUUCAAGUCUGGUUUCCACGGUCGUCUCUUUGGUAGUCUGUCUACCACCCGCAGUAAGCCCAUCCACAAGCUCGACAUCCCUGCCUUCGACUGGCCCCAGGCGCCUUUCCCCUCCCUCAAGUACCCGCUUGAGGAGCAUGCUCAGGAGAACGCCCAGGAGGAACAGCGCUGCCUCCAGGAGACGGAGCGUUUGAUCAAGGAAUGGCACAACCCUGUCGCCGCCGUCGUGGUCGAGCCGAUUCAGUCUGAGGGUGGAGACAACCACGCCUCGCCUGCCUUCUUCCGUGGUCUGCGCGAGAUCACCAAGCGUAACAACGUUCUUUUCAUCGUCGAUGAGGUGCAGACUGGUGUUGGUGCCACUGGAAAGUUCUGGGCCCACGACCACUGGAACCUCGAGACCCCUCCCGACAUGGUGACCUUCUCGAAGAAGGCCCAGACCGCUGGUUACUACUACGGCAACCCUGCCCUGCGUCCCAACAAGCCGUACCGUCAGUUCAACACCUGGAUGGGUGACCCCGCUCGUGCCCUCAUCUUCCGUGGUAUCAUCGAGGAGAUCGAGCGCCUGAACCUCGUCGAGCACACCGCCCAGACUGGUGACUACCUCUAUUCUGGUCUCCAGCGCCUUGCUGAGAAGUACCCGGAGCACCUGCAGAACCUCCGUGGUAAGGGCCAGGGAACCUUCAUUGCCUGGGAUACCCCCAAGCGUGAUGAAUUCCUCGGCAAGGCCAAGGGCGUUGGUGUCAACAUUGGUGGAAGCGGAGUCAAUGCCGUUCGUCUCAGGCCCAUGCUGAUCUUCCAGCAGCACCAUGCUGAUAUCCUCCUGGAGAGCAUUGAGAAGAUCAUCAAGCAGCUGUAAGGAACUUGUGGUUGGCAUGACUAUCAUUUUCCAUUGAAUUUGCAUCUCUUUCUGUUUCCCUGAAUUGGCAGAGUCUGGCGUUCAUUGUUGGGUUGGGUGGGUCUCUCCGUGUCUGAUUGGCACGCUGUCUACGAGUUAUGUUUUUUUGAAGCUGUUAGCACAUAUAUAUAGCAAACGGCAAUCUGAUGCCGUCCCAAGGUGCAUCGAUUUUGCAUGUUGGGUAUCGAACAAAAU